AAUUUCACCUUCUUCAACAAAUGAAUUUACCCUAGGGACCAACAUUAAGUCCCACCAAUAAUCUUAAUUUUCAUUAAAAGUCCUUAACAUUGUCCUAAGCUAAAAAUAAUAAUAAAAAACACCAAGGACCAAAAAAAUAGGGACAUGGAUAAUCAUGCUCUUAGCGAUUAUAUAAGUUCCAUUUUCCCCCAUAGUUGUGUCUUCUUGUCCUAACCACGCUCUUCAAUAAAGUCAUUUCCCUAACGUUCUUGGCAAAGAUAUUUUCGACCUUUCAAUGUCAGAAGAACUUCAAGAAUCAGAGGUUAUAUUUUCCGAUGAAUAUUAUACCAGGAACAAGAACAAGAAUAGCAUCGACGAGAACAACAAAACAAAGACGACGGCGAUGGAGAAAAAGUCAUCUCCGGUGAGAAUCCCGUCGAGAAGUAUUUUCCGGCGUGCGGAGGAGGAGGAGGAAGAGGAGGAGGGAGAGAUCACUCCGCCACAUAUAAUCAUCGGAAAGCGAAGAAUGGAGGCGCAAAUGGCGUUUUCCUUUUGUACACUCAAAGGGAGAGAGUUGAGUCGUCACCGUAACUCCGUUCUUAGGAUGACCGGUUUUUUGGAAGUAUAAUUGAAAAAAUUUCCGGUUUAGUUUGCUCUAGUUUGGUUCGGUUUCAUAUCGUUUUUCU